AUGUCAGCUGUUCUCAGGAGGGGGAAUGAACUGCAGAGAGGCUGAGCGACAGAGAUUGUACACACAGAGAGAGAGGACAGGACAAAACUCUCCAGCAAUGCAGGCAACGACACAACGACCCCCACCUUGAAAGUUCCAUCCAUCGAAAUACCAAGUGUUGGUCGUGGGUCGGUCGCCGGGAGGUCGCGUCCACCAUGUCCUCGGCCAAAGUCUUCUCCAGUCAAACGCCACCGAUGGACGUCCAGCCGCUGCUGAAGCCGGGCCGCCCGCGGGGGCGGGUGAUGAGCAAAGACGGCCGGAGCAACGUGCGGCUGGUCCAUGUCAGCGGCUGGGGCUACCUGUACCUCAAGGACCUGUGGACCACCUUCGUCGACCUGAAGUGGCGCUACAAGCUGGCUCUGUUCUGCACCAGCUUCGCGGGCACCUGGCUGAUGUUCGGCCUGGCCUGGUACCUAGUGGCGCUGUUGCAUGGGGACCUGGAGGGAGCCCAGGUGUCCGCCAACCACACCCUGUGCGUGGCCAACAUGAGGACACUCACUGCCGCCUUCCUCUUCUCGCUCGAGUCUCAGACCACCAUCGGCUACGGCUACCGCUACAUCUCAGAGGAAUGUCCCGCCGCCAUCCUGCUGCUGGUGGUACAGCUGAUCCUCACCACCCUGCUCGAGGUGUUCAUCACCGGCACCUUCCUGGCCAAAGUGGCCAGGCCCAAGAAGCGAGCGGAGGGGGUGCGCUUUAGCCGGCACGCCGUGGUCUCCCCGCGGCUCGGCUGCCUGGCGCUGCAGGUGAGGGUGGCCAAUGUCCGGCGCAGCUUGUUGCUGGGCUGCCAGGUGUCGGGCAAGUUGCUGCGGGCCGGUCCGGCCCAGGACGGCGUCUCCAUGCAACUACACCAAGCCGACGUGACCUUCCGGCUGGACGGCGGCACCGACAGCCCGUUCCUAGUGCUGCCCCUCACCUUCCACCACCCCAUCGAUCAGGACAGUCCCCUGGCCGCCUUCGCCCUGGGGCAGGGCCGGGCUGGGGACGGGGUCCGUGCCCCCGACGAUGCCUUCGAGCUGGUGGUGAUCCUGAGCGGCACGGUGGAGUCGACCAGCGCCCUGUGCCAGGCCCGAACCUCCUACCUGCCCGAGGAGAUCCUGUGGGGCUACGAGUUCUGCCCCGUCGUGUCGCUCUCGCCCAACGGCAAGUACCUGGCCGACUUCGCCAGCUUCGACCGCAUGUUGCGGGUGCCGGGGAUGGAGAGGGCCGGGGCCGGGGCCGGCGCUGGGGAGAAGGUUCGGCUCGAACAGGAGCUGAAGAGGGGGCCGGCCAAGGAGGGCAGCGCACGCAACGUGAAGAUCAGUAACGUCUGAUGGCGCGGGGUGUCCGGAUUAAAUCUCCCGCACUCCACACACACUGUCCCCGUAACUCCCCCUCCCACACA